AUGGCCGGAAUGAUGAAGGCCGCAAUCUGCAAGCAGGCAAAAGCUCCCCUUGUAAUCGAGGAAAUUCCCAUUCCCGAACCAAGCGGCCGCGAGAUACGAGUUCGCGUCAAAGCCGCCUCGCUAUGCCAUUCCGACCUGACCAUCAUAACAGGCGAAGGGCCUGCCGAAGUGAGGAACAUAUUUCCCGUUAUCCUGGGUCAUGAAGCUGUCUCUGUCAUCGACAAACUCGGUCCCGAAGCAACGCCGUAUGGAUUCCAUGAAGGUGAUCUUGUCGGAGCAUCCCUGUGGCACAACAUGUGCUUGAAUUGCAACGAAUGCAAGACUGCCGGGCCGGACUUCUGUCCCACUAGGGAGUCAUUAGGCAUUACUCGUCCGGGAAACUUUGCGGAGUAUACCUUGAUUGACCCGGCGAGUGCGUCACUGAUUUCUCGCCCGGGUGUUGACCCAAGUGUCGAGAUCCCUCCGCCGGCAGCCCUGUCGCCGCUGUUCUGUGCUGGGAUUACUGUUUGGGAUGGUUUAGAGCGAGCUCAUAUCCGCCCCGGCGAGACUGUAGCGGUUGUCGGGGCAGGAGGCUUGGGAGAGCUAGCAGUUCGAUAUGCCCAAGCGCUGGGAGCGAAGGUGCUGGCACUCGACGUGCGGGAUGACCAAUUGCAGGCGUGUAAGGAAUAUGCGGAUGGGGUUAUCAACACAUACUCCCUCAGCCCUGUUGCUCUGAAGGAGAAGAUCGCACAAGUGAGCGGACGUGGCACUGUUGAUGUUGCGCUUGUGACGGCCGGCGCUGCGGCUGCGUAUGAGGCGGGACUGAGCAUCCUCAAGCCGGAAGGGAAACUAAUUGCUGCUGGAAUACCUCUGGAGAUUUUGCCUUUGCCUAUUCUUCAAGUUACCUUCCAGGCGAUUCAGAUCAUUGGAUGCAGGUCCACCGGACAAGCAGGAGUACAAAAAUGCUUGGAUUUCUCACUUCGAAAGAAGAUUCUUCCAAGGGUUAACCCGAGGAAGUUUCGGUUGGAAGAGAUCAACGAGAUGAUAGCCCUCAUGGAGGCCAACCAAGUACAGGACGGCCGCAUGGUGAUCGAAUUUCCAUGGUGA